GUGAAAGUAGAAUCAUGUCAAGCAGGUGGAGCAAGGUCGUGAACAGGUUUACUCUCACUGAUACACAGUUAGUUGGACUGUCAAUUGUUUUACCAACAGGUUUUGUAUCGUUAUAUUUUGGAUCACUUCUAUACAGACGACAUAAAAUUAAAACAUCAGAGUAUACAAAUGAGUCAUUUCGCAUUCUGAAGGGCUAUCCUCACAUUGGUAAAAUUCUAGGGGAGGAUGUAGAUAUCUCAGGGUUGUUCUUAUACAACCCUUUCACCUUCAGAUCACAAAACCAGAUCAAGUUGUCAUAUCCAAUCAAAGGGUCGCUGGGCAAUAAGGCAUCUCUCGUGAGUUGGUGUUCACUACAAACAGACCCUGAAGACAACAACAAGACUUAUUGGCGUGUGGACAAACUCAACCUAUGGGCUCAAGUUGAAGAAGAAGGGAAACACGUGCAGUGGACAUUUUUCCAACACCCGGAAUGUCCAGAAGACCCGGAAAUCAGCAUAGAAAGGGCAAACUUAGAACAAUUUAAAAAGAAGAACAGACGGAUACGCAAGAAGGAAAAAGAGAUUGAGGGUGGGGGAGGACAAAGUUGUGUGGGGAUGGACAGUGACAGGGGCGGGUCAGAAAAUAGGGACCGAAAAGUGGAAUUGACAGGGUCUAAGAGUGCAGAAGGGUUAAUUCAGACUUGAUUGAAAAGAUGUUUCAAUACAUGUGUUCUAAAUUGUUUAAGGAAAGAUAAAGCUGAAAAUUAGUUAUUUUCCAGUUAAUGUAUUGUUAAAAAUGAUCUAGUUAACUAUUUGUGCCAGUUAUCUAUCUGUUCUAAUUGGAGUUCAUGUUUUAGUAUUGAUUUAUGAAAAAAUAGUUUUAAGGAUAAUAAAGACUUUUUUAUUUCGGUAAAUGUAUAUUGUUGACGUCAUCAUAUGAACCUGACCCCAACAUCACAAAAAUACUUACCGUUAGUCAAAUCUCAAUCACAAUCUCAACUCAUUCUACCACAUAAAAGCAUAGUACUUUUCAAAAUCUUGCAUGUUAUUAUACUUUUUGAAAAUGUGUUUUCUCAAAGAAUGUGUUAUUGAAAGAUUUUGACAAUAUUUCAAAGAAAACUUAUUCUAGAGCAAAUAAAUAUAGUAAAGUAAUUGUUGAAAGGCAAUGAAUUGUGCUCAAGCUGAUUUUUGGCUGUAGAAUAUUUUUCCAUUGCAAUCUAGACCAAAGGUUUCAAUGAACAUAUUCAAUGAUAGAAUGCGGUUUAAAAGAUGUUUCAAUAAUGUUUUAUGUAAUAUGGUAAAAUGAGUUUAGUUUGAGUUUGAGAUUUGACUUAAGUAUUUUCAUGAUAUUGGGGUCUGAUGUAUGACAUGACGUCAUUUACAAUCUUGUACAGUAAGAAUAGUCAUUUGUACAUACACUCUCAUACUGAUGUAUAUAUGCAUGUUGAUAUUGUGUAGCUUAAAAAGAAAAAAAGUAAUUUGUAAGUUAAA